UAUGUUAGGUACAUACCCAUCGUCAAUACCUGAGGAUUUGUGUAGAAAGCGGAACGAAGUUCGAUUUGCUGAAAUUCAAUUAGCAGUUGUAAAAGAUCAAGUUGAACGUCUAUCUUUGGAUAGGAGGGACGGAGGUGAAUCAGACGGUUCUAGUGCAUCAAGCGGAAGUGGGAUGGAUAAACAACGAAAGCAAAGCAUCACUGCUAUGUGGAAAAAAGCUAUAAAAUCUUUAGGAAAAUCUGAUAAAAUCGGUAGAAAACAAUCGUUGACUACCGUUUUAAAGAGGGUUAAAUCGAUCGAAAGGAGAGACAGUAAAGAUAAUGAAAAUAUUGGUAAGUAA